AUGAGUAGCAACACAGCAGCCAAACACCCGGUCAAAUAUGCCGUUGUCCUCUACCCGGGCUUUCAGGCCUUGGACACUUUUGGCCCAUUGGACAUCUUGAAUGGACUGGCGAACCACAGCCCAAUCAGCCUCGACAUCAUCGGCCCGUCUUUGGACCCCGUGAGCACUAAUCCUCUCCCCAGGCCUGGCGUGCAGCGCAACCAAGCAGUUUCCCAGAGCGUGGUCCCCACGCACACAUACGACAAUCCGCCGAAAGACAUCGACGUUCUUCUCGUUCCAGGGGGGGUGGGCAACAGAGACCCAAGGGUCUUGGAGCCAGUAUCAAAGCUUAUCCAGGAUCUGUAUCCAGGACUGCAAUACCUCUUUACCGUCUGCACGGGCUCAAGGAUCCUCGCGCACACGGGUAUCAUAGACGGGAGGAAGGCGACGACCAACAAGAUCAGUUUCAGUGAAGUCGCGUCCCACUAUCCCAAGGUCAACUGGAUCGAAAAGGCACGCUGGGUGGUCGAUGGGAAUAUCUGGACUACCUCUGGGAUCAGCGCGGGGAUAGAUGGGAUGCUGGCAUUGUUGGAGCAUGUGUAUGAUAAAGAGAUCGCAGACCGCCAGGCCUAUAUUCUGGAAUAUAUCCGGAAUGAAGACCCGUCCAACGACCCUUUCUGCGGUCACACGGAGUAA